CAGAGGCUUGUGGAUUAUUAGUUUAUCAAAUUAAAGUGACGCAAGGAGAUAAUGGAAUUGAUUUUAUUGUAACUUAUAAGGAAAAACUUAUUCUUAUACAAUGUAAAAAUAUUGAGACAUCUAUUUCUGUUCAAACUGUUCAAAGUUUUGAAUCAGCUAUUUCAAGAUUUUCAUCAGAUUCUCUUGGAAUUAUUUUUGUAAAAAUUAUUAAAGAUUUUUAUGAAUCAGAUGAUGAUAAUUAUAUAGAAUUAGUUGAUUACAAAGCUGACAGUUUUAAUAUUAAUAGUUUAUUGGGAGAAAAUGUUUCUAUUAUUAAUGAUUUAGAUUCAUUGUAUCAAUCUAAAGAUAAUAGUAGUUAUGAUACUAUUAUUACAGUUGAUAUAGGAUCAAAUAAGCAACAGAUUUUUGCACAUUCAAAUAUUUUACGUGCUAGAUCAACUUAUUUUCAAAAUGCUUUAUCUAAAAAUUGGGCUAAAAAAGAAAACCAAUUUUUUGUCUUAUCACAACCUUAUAUUAGUGCAUUAAUAUUCAAUAUUAUUCUUAAAUAUCUUUAUUGUGGAAUGAUCGAAUUGAAUGAUCUAGAUAUUGAUACAAUUUUGAAACUCUUAGUUGCUGUCGAUGAGUUGUCAAUUGAAGAACUUAUCGAUUUCAUACAAGAUUGUUUAAUUAGUAGUGAUUUUUUAGAAACACAUUCAUACAAAAUAUUGAAUUUUAUCGAUACUAAGUCAAUGUUUACAAAACUUAAAAAAAGUAUAUUCAAAACUAUUUGUAAAAAACCAAAAGUUUUAUUUGAUCAUGAUGAAUUUAUUAAUUUGAAGAAAGAUCUUUUAAAAUUAGUUAUUCAACAUGAUGACCUUGAUAUGAAAGAGAAUGAAAUUUGGAAAUAUUUAAUCAAGUGGAGUAAAAAUCAUUCAGAAGAAAGUUUACUUGAAUUAAUCAAUUAUAUUAGAUUUUAUCAGUUUAUUCCUAAUGAAUUUAUGAAUGAAGUAUGGAAUCAUAAAAAUCUAUUAUCUGAAGAUUUACUUAAAGAUAUAGUACAUUAUUUUAUAGAUUUAAAGCAAGAACCAAAAUAUGAUACAUCAUUUAUUAUAUGGGGAAAUUUUACAAUCAAAUCAGAUUUGAUUAAACGAGAGAUUGCUUUAAUCUUAACAAAAUUAAUAGAUAAAACAAAAGAUGAUGCAUCAAAAGGAUUUAAAUAUAAAUUCACUUCAUUAUAUAAUAGUUAUUCUGAUGGAUGGACACCUCAAUCAUUUCAUUCUAAAUGCAAUAAUCAAGGUCCAACUAUUGUAAUAACUAAAAUUAAAAAUACAACUCUUCUUAUGGGUGGAUAUAAUCCACUUGAUUGGAAUGGAAAUUCACAAUAUAAGAAAACAGCAGAUAGUUUUCUAUUCAUAAUUGAUUAUAAAAAAAUAAGUAAUUGUUUUACAACAUACAUUAAAUUAGAUCAUAUUGAUCAAGCAAUAUAUUGUGAUAAUGAUUGUAAUCCAACUUUUGGCGAAUAUGAUUUUUUUAUUUCACAACAAAAAUCUUUAAAAUAUUUACCAAAAUUUUAUAAUAAGAUUGUGAAUAAUUGUACUUAUAGUUUGGAUAGUUAUGAAGUUUUUCAAAUUAGUAAAAUAGGA